AUGAAAGUCUCUACUCAAGUCCUAGCUACAAGUGCUAUUGCAUUCACUGCCACUGCUCUGGCAAUGCCAUCGAUGUCCAAGAGAGUUGUCGAUGGAACCAAAGUCUUUGGUUGUUUCGCGAGUGCCUUCAUGAAGGGUGAAGAUGCUUGGACCCCAGAAUGCGCUGCAGCUGCCGCGACUGAUUUCGGCUUUGUCCGAGAGGUUAGCCUUGGCGAUUUCGAUAUCGAUUUCACAAGCACUGAACCAUUUUCUAUGCCUUUAACCUUACCGAAUCUGCAAGUAAAAUUGGCCUCGAUCCCUGGAAUCAGCUGGCCUAUUAAGAAGCUUGCUACUCGUUAUAACAUCAUUGACAAUGGUGUCGCAGUCGGAAUGUCAGAGUUUCCAAGCUCCCCUACCGAGGUCGAAGGCAGCAUGCUCAAAUCCAAUGUCGGAGUAGCUCCUUUAAAGGCUGUACCAGGAUAUGAAGAUGGAUUCGUCAACUUUAUUGCGAGUCUGUUUGCCAAACCCUCGCAUACAUUCGCCAUCGGAGGGAAUGUUGAUAUUUGGUAUAAGGUCCCUAGCCUUUCAAGUGGUAGUGAGUCCAAUGGUGCUGAUUCCUCGAAGACUCUUACUGCCACCAACAUCGGUAUUUCGGCCCCCGUCACUGUGCGAGGUUUGGAUAACCUUCAGAGAGUAGAGCAUGUGAAGCUAGAGAGCCUCACCAAGGAUGCUGAUUCGGGUGUCACCACACUAGUACACACGAUUAACGUCCAUAACCCUUCGGAGCUUAGCAUUAAAAUGGGAGAUCUUGUAUUCAACUUGAUCAAUGCUGAUGAAGACGUGAAGGGAACCAUUACGCUCCUGAACGUCAAUUUGGCCCGGGGUGAUAACUUUAUGAGAGCCACCACCACGUUCACCGAUUCCGAUAUCUACGAUUCCCUGACAAGCGAGAGCAACACAUUCACAUUUGCAGGUUUUAAAGGCACUGCGAAACACUUAGUUUCGGACGCCGUAUUAUCAGCAUAUAGAUCCCACCUUACGAUCCCCAAAUUUGAGGCAGCAUAA